CAGGCUGAGUAUUAUAUAAUUUGGCAUAGUCAACAUGCAUACGUGAUAUUUAAUUAAGAUUAAAAUAUGGAGCCACGUACCUUGGUCAUAACAUUAACAAUCGCAUUAUUCAAAUUAGGAUAUUCAUCAUCACAAUAUACUUCUCCCCCGUUCCACAGGACGUUUUCUGAUGCUUGCAUUUCAGCGGGCAUAAAAGAUGAAAAUGCUUGUCCGCGAAUCGCUGGCAAAAGUCAGUGGUCAAAGGAAAAACGAACUUCUGAAAGUGACACGAGGUUUAAACCAACUAACCCUAGGAAAUGUUUUUCAAAAGUAUUAGUGUCAACCCAAAAGUGUAACGCAAAACCAGAAUGUGUAAUGACAGCUUACAAAUACUCACUUCCAAACAGAGGUCGUUCAGCUGGAAAAAGCAAUCCUUCUCAUUGCAUAAAAGACUGGUCUAUCGAAAGUACAUGUAAGGCAAAUGGACCAGGUGGAAAAAAUACCAGAACUACAUAUUUUAAUUGUUUUAGAAAAGGAGCGAGGAAUUUUUGUGGAGUCAAAUUUGAGAAUUGUAAACCGGUUCCUUGUUUUACUUGGACUGGUUAUAAGAGGCAAUGUUUCAUGGAAUGUAAGACGCCAAAAUUCACUGGGAUUGCGAUGCAUUUUGUAAGAAAUUGUAAAGAAUGUGGCGGGGAUAUAACAAAUAAUACUAAUUGUUCUGGGGGAGAGGAAGCAGCAACAAGGUUAGGGCGAUGCAUUGUGAGAUCAAAGGCAAGAGCUAGAGCGCCAGAUUGUGUUUUAGACACGACAACUGCAAUUGUAACCACGGCUCAACCGGAAACAACAAGGGGCAUCACUACCGCUAAGAUAACAAAAUUAACAACCACCACAAUUCAAACUAGUCCGCAUACCACAUAUGGGAGGACCAUCACAACACCAGAAACUUUCAGAACAUCUACUGCUAUAAAGAAAUUGGAUGCGACAACAAGUCAUACCACAAAAGCAAAAAUAACAACUGGACCAAAUAACCACAUAAAAACAAAGCCCACCAAAACCGUUCUUAGCACAACAAAACAGGACAAAACUGAACCGACUACAACAACUUCAAAAUCCACAACUACUAAACAAACCACAGGUUUUACAAAAUCAACUGCGACAAUUACCACUACCUCCACAACUAUAGUACCAGACUAUAUAUCAGUGAGCUCUACAAAGUCAAUUGUAAGAGCUACAACAACAAAUCCUCGAACUACAUCUUUAAAUUUUAACCAGGAGGAAUCCACAGCUAUUGUAGCUGCAAUACCUGGUGGUCAAUCAGGUCACGAUGAUAAUCCUUUCAACUUGGUAACCAUAGCUGGCGGUGCUGGUGCUGGCAUCAUAUUUAUUGUGUUGAUAGCAAUCAUAAUAUUUCUGUUGAUGAAAAGAGACACUAAAACGCCGCCCGGACCGGCUUAUAGCUCAUCUUCGUUGUAUAGAUCACGAAGUGGUAGAAAUCCCGUUGUUGAUAGUUCUUCAUUUCGCAUUGCCACUUGGAUUAGAGAAAGGCCAGCAUUACCGAACAGAAGCCGAACGUCAUCUGAUUCGGGGGUGUCUGACGCUGAAUAUUGGAAAAUUGGAGAAUCAUCAGAAGAAAAAAUAGCAACACCCAAUAAAUCCCAAACAUCUAUAGUCCCAGAUAUUGUGAAAAUUAUUCAAGUCGAAGGGGAAGAGCACAUUUACGAUGAAGUAUCCUUUGGUAUGGUGCAAGACGACAUGCAAAAGUUUGUACCGAUUACUCGAGACAGUCCAUUUAAAAAUAGUCGAACAUCAGCCAAAAGCACUCAUAGCGAACCGGCGGAAACGUCAACAUCUCGUGAACAGGAAUGGCCAAGGAGUGAAAGCGCCGUAUACGCAGUUGUACGCAAAACGCGUAAGAGAAAUGCAAAUUAUACGAAGAAAAGUCCCUCCGAAGCUGGAGAUGGAGACUUUAGGCGAAGAGUCGCCUCAGAACAUUCCGCCAGUAUUACUAGAUUAAAUGGACGACACCUUCGAGAAGGGGUUUUGCAAAUUGAAUUUGAUGAGAAAGAGGGCCUGCGAUGUAGAUUGUCAAACUCUAAUGUUUAUAUGAAUUUUGAAGAGACGGAACCUCCUCCGGUUAUAUAGCGAAAUAGUUUCUUUCACCGUUUAAAAAAGACAAAAAAAA